AGACAAGUGAUAAGUGAUGAACACCACUGCUACUCCAGACCCUGGGUUUGUAUUGUGUCAAAUGAUUAGUGGCCCAUACCAAAUCUGCAAUGGGCAAGCGAUCUUGGGGAAAAGCAGGGGCCUGAAAGACAUUUAAGGUAGAGAAGAAGACUCGGUGACCCCGGAUUUGCUUUUCAUCUGACUGUGCGUGGUAUGCCUAUCUUCGGGCUCUAAAGACAUGUAUUGGGACGCCAAAUUUCUGGGCCUUGGCCUCCUCAGUGCCGUCAUAAUAGGCCGCCUGAUCAGCCUCCUCAUUAGACGCUCGCCACAUCCCCUUCCACCGGGACCCAAGCCGGCACCUCUGAUCGGAAAUAUCCACCAGUUGCCCAAGAGGCUCCAGUGGCUUCACCUCUACCACUGGAGCAAGAAGUAUGGCCCCGUGAUGCACUUGAGCAUGGGGGGCCAGCCGUUGAUCAUCCUGUCCACACACCAAGCCGCGCACGAUCUUCUCAACCGGCGAAGUGCCCGGUACUCUGACCGGCCGCGCUUGGUCAUGGCUGGCGAGCUGGUCACCAAGAAUAUGCACAUGCUUAUACGUCCAUACGACGAAAGGUACAAGCUACAUCAGCGGAUGGAAGCGCCCCUCCUCAAUCUUCGUUCCGCAAGCUCCUACCGACCGCUCCAGGACAUGGAAUCCAAACAGCUGCUCUUCGAUGUCCUGGGAGAGUAUGACGAGUUUGGCGAGAAAGGCGUCGACUUCCACCACCAUUUUGAGCGCGCAAUGGCCAGCACCAUCUACUGCCUCAACUACGGCUACCGCCUGAAGACGGGCUACGAGAAGGAACUCAUGGAUGGCAAGCGUGUGCAGGCCGAGUUCGCGAGGACCGGCCAAGUCGGGGCCUACCUUGUCGACUCGUUCCCUUCACUCAACUACUUGCCCAAGUUCCUGGCGCCUUGGAAGAAGGAAGGGGAAGAGCUGUAUGAGCUGGAGCGACAGCUUCACGUCGGAAACCUGGACAAGGGUCUGAACAACCGGGGCUGGAACUUUAGCAAACACAUGAAGCAGUCCCCGGAGGGCCAGGACAUGCCCACCGAGGAACUUGCUUUUGAUCUUGGGAUUCUUGCCGACGCCGGCCUGGACACUUCAACGGUGGCUCUGGAUUGGUUCAUCGUCGCCUGGAUCACGUCUGGCUCAAGCUGGGUGGCGAAGGCGCAGCAGCUCCUCGAUGAGGUGGUCGGUAGGGAUCGAUUGCCAACCUUUGAAGACCGCCCAAAAUUAGCAUACAUCGAUGCCAUUGCGAGCGAGACCCUGCGCUGGCGCCCGGUUGUCGUUGGCGGAGUGCCACAUUUCACCAAGACCGAGGACAACUACAUGGGAUACCACAUCCCGGCCAACUCCAUUGUGCUGCCAAAUGCCUUUGCCAUUACCCGCGAUGAAUCCGUCUUCGGCGAAGACGUUGACGCAUUCGUGCCUGAGCGGUGGCUCGUCAACGAUGGAGACGCAGCAGCAGCCAGGGAGCCAUCAAUCGACGCGUGUGGGUUCAAUGUGACCGCCCUCAAGGACCUGCCACACACGGGCUUCGGAUUCGGGCGCAGGAUCUGCACCGGCCGAAUCAUUGCACGCAACCAGUUGUUCAUCGAGAUGGCGCGCGUGCUGUGGGCCUUCGACGUCGAGGCUGGAAUCACCGAGUCCACCGGCGAGAGGCACAAGGUUGACGAUAUGGCUUGCACCGAAGGCUUCGUGACCGUGCCCAAGCCCUUCCGGGCCGUAAUGCGCCCAAGAGGGCAAUGGGUGCGAGACGCUAUUUCGCAAUCUGGCACCACCCAUGGGUUGGAUCACUGUGAGAUUCUUAACCAAGCUAGGAAUGGGCGGGCCUGAGAAGGCUGGGCACUUGCUUGACUCUGGGUGGGGGUUUGGGGUAGCUAUACUGCACCAUGGAAUUGUACAGUACCAUCAGUCCAACACAGAGUCAGUCAGUGCACCCUGCCACCUCCUCAGAUCGUUCCAGAAGCUCGAGAGAAGCUCUAGAUACAUACAAUGACCUCCCAAGUUCUCGGGACUGUCGGACUAACGUCCCUCUGUGCUACUCCGCUUUC